AAACCCUACAGGGACCCACCGGAAAUUUCGGCUGAAAAUUUCUCUUAGCAAAAAGGCUGGCGUUCCCUUCCUUCAACCCACGCUUCUGACCGACAACCACUAACCGACCUCUCCAACAGCCGUCGCCGACAAAAUGGGUGCUACCGUUCCUACCAACGACCAGAUCCUGGUCCCCGAGACCCUUCUUAAGAAGCGCAAGUCUCAGGAGAAGGCCCGCGCUGAGCGCACCGACGCCAUUGAGAAGAAGAAGGCUGCCAACAAGGAGAAGCGUCAGGUCAUCUUCAAGCGUGCUGAGAAGUACGUCCAGGAGUACCGUGAUGCUGAGCGUGAGAAGAUCCGUCUUCACCGCGUCGCCAAGGCCGAGGACUCUGCUUUCGUCCCUGCCGAGGCUAAGCUGAUCUUCGUCGUCCGCAUCAAGGGUAUCAACAAGAUGCCCCCCAAGCCCCGCAAGAUCCUCCAGCUCCUCCGUCUCCUCCAGAUCAACAACGGUGUCUUCGUCAAGGUCACCAAGGCCAUCACUGAGAUGCUCAAGGUCGUCGAGCCCUGGAUCGCCUACGGUUACCCCAACCUGAAGACCGUCAAGGAGCUCGUCUACAAGCGUGGUUACGGAAAGGUCAACAAGCAGCGUGUUGCCCUCACCGACAACGCCAUCGUUGAGGAGAACCUCGGCAAGUAUGGCAUUGUCUGUGUUGAGGAUCUCAUCCACGAGAUCUACACUGUCGGCCCCAACUUCAAGCAGGCCUCCAACUUCCUCUGGCCCUUCAAGCUCUCCAACCCCACUGGUGGCUUCCGCCCCCGCAAGUUCAAGCACUUCAUCGAGGGUGGUGACCUUGGUAACCGCGAGGAGGCUAUCAACGCUCUCGUCCGCCAGAUGAACUAAGCGUUGGUUUUCUAAAAAAUGGCUUUUAAGGGAUCGGUCGUUAGGACCUAACGGAUUCAAAAAAGAUUUGCAUUUGACUGCUCGGCGUUCUUAUCAUGACAGGGGAUAUGGCAAUUGAUACCGUGAUUAAUGACACCCGAGUUUUCAAAUUAUUCUAUCAGUGACAUCCUGUGAUGUGAAGCAAUUGUGAAAAGUUUUCUCACGUGCCGUCUGCAUUCUCGCCAUACAUGGGAGGGGUAUUAAUAAUGCCAAUUAUACAUGUGGAGAACCACUUUUAAAUCUAUGGAUCUUGAAUCUCCAGGCCUCUAAAGGUUGAGUAUUCUACAUCUUGAUAUCAAAGCUUGUGCCACAACCACAGCUGCUGGUAGCAAGUGGGUUAUCAAUGAUCUUGAACUGCGAGCCGAUCAACUCCAUUGUAAAGUCGACUUUGCUGCCCUUGAGGAGAUCGAGAGAUGGCUCAUCGAGAAUGAUCUUAGGGCCCUCUUCCGAGGUUGUGGCCGGAUCAGCGUCAUCGGGAAUGUACUGGAAAAUCGUAUCGUCCUCGUUCACGAUGGAUGACCACUCGGCGGCGUCCUUGGCUGGUAAAGUAACAAGGCUCAUGAGAUAUUGGAAGCCAUGGCAACCACCACUCUCGACUUGGAUCCUUAGGGCGAGAUUCGGAUUGCCAUCCUUUUCCAUGAUCUUGUUGAGACGCUUUGAGAGUCAGCAGUGCCUCCAUGGGAUCUUCCCUUCUUGCAAUUACCUUGGCAGCUCGUUCAGUAAUUUCCAGCAUCAUCUCAUUGCCAUCCUCAUCUUGUUGGGGAUUCAAUAUAGCCCGUGUCUUCUGUCUGAUAGCAGUAGUCGAGAAUUGCCUCGUAGCUGUUUCCCUUGACUUAACGUCCCACGACCGUCUCGGACGAGCAUAUGUUCUGGAUUGCGCAAUGGUGAUAUGAGGGGUUCGUAGUCGAGAUGAGGGAGUGCAUCGUGGAAUAAGGAACUCGAGAGGCGUUGAGGUCUGGGGCGUCGUUGUGUAGCUUCGUCGUGCAAGUUGAAUAAAAGAAGUGGCGGUCGAUUGCGCAUUAGCGCAGUGGAUUCGAGCCAUUAUGAAAGUAACAAUUUGAAGGAAUUGAGGUUGUAAAGAUGAUGUUGGAGGGAAGUGGAAUUACGUAGCGCAUCUAUGCUGAGAAAUCCAUGUCACAGGCCGAUUCCGCUUGCCUCCCGGACCUCGAAAUUCUUCUACGGCCCGGAGACCGAGAGAACCUGGAGGGCAAGGUCCGGCUCAACGACGGAUAAGUCUCUUUUACCGCCG